GUAAAUACAUUUAAAAUAUAUAUCAAAAUAGGAGUUUUCUUUAAAUUAAUAACUAUAUAAAUUAAUAAAUAAUCAGUUAUUAUUAAUUUAUAGAAUUUUUAGGGUAGCUAAAUUAGAUAAUAAUAAUUUAUUAAGCAUAUAAAAGAUAAAUAUAUGACAUGAAAUGUAAUUUUUUUUAUAUAACCCAAAUUUUUGUGUUACCAACGCAGUUGAUUUUUCAAUGUGGGUAAAAUAUUUCUCAAAAGAACUUAACAAUUAAUUAAAAAUAUUCUAUAAAAAUUUUACUUCUCAAAAUUUGUUUCCUUUUUCUCUAAAGUUCAAAGAUACAUAUUUUUAUUUUUAUUCAAAAUUAAUUUUAUUAAUUACAUUUUAGUAUAUAUAUCUAUAUAUUAAGAUUUUAAGACUUUAUAAGUAGAAAAUUGAAGAAAUAUAAAUUUAUUUCUUUUUAGCUUUUGAUGAAAAAGUAAUGUCUUAAAUAUAAAUAUAUAUAUAUAUAUAUAUAUACAUAUUUGUGUUUUAAUAAACUUAUAUUUAUUUCCUAUUUUUAGGGUCAACAUAGAAUACAUUUCUUAAACAAAUCAUGACAUUGACAGACAAAACUCCUAUAAAUAGAGACAUAGGUUCAUACUUUGUAGCAUUCACCUCAACAAGCAUCAAUCUCUAUAAAGAAUCAACAUGUCGACGUUUAAAAUUAUCACGUUGAAGAGCUGCGAUGACAAGAUCUUUGAGGUUGAAGAAGCGGUGGCUGUACAGUCACAAAUGAUAGCUCACAUGGUUGAAGAUGACUGUGUUGAUGGUGAAAUCCCUAUUUCCAAUGUCACCGGCGCGAUUCUCGCCAAAGUGAUCGAAUAUUGCGAAAAACAUCUUGUCAACCCCGAUGUCGAUGGUGAUUCAUCUUCUUCCACAGAAGAUGAACUCAAGAAUUGGGAUGCUGAGUUCAUGAAGAAUAUGGAUCGGGAGAUGCUUUUUGCCUUGAUAAUGGCUGCUAAUUAUCUAAACACCAAGGAUCUUCUUGAUCUCAUUUGCCAAACUAUAGCUGAUAUGAUCAAAGGUUUUUCUGUAGACGAGGUUCGAACAUUCUUCAACAUUCAAAAUGAUUUUACACCGGAAGAAGAAGCAGAGAUUCGCGCCGAAACUGAAUGGGCUUUUGAAUAAUCAUGUAGAUCACUUUGGAUGACUUGUUCAUGACUUUGUCCUUGUGCAAUCUUUUUUAUUUAAUUUUUAUAUAUAAGCGACAAAAAAUGUUUUAUUUUUAUUCUAAUUAUAUUCCUGUUUUUAUUAACUUUAAAAGUGUUUAUAGUUUUAUUGCAAGUUUAAAUAUAAUAUAAUAUAUUAACGAUAAGAAAAAUUAAAUACCUUGACAAAGAUUAUAAGGAAAAACAUAAGUAUCUCAAUUUUUUUAUACUUUUUUUACUGAAAAAGAAAAGGUAACUGUUUUAAAAAGAACAUCAUAAUUGCUAACAAAAUAAAUUUGUUAUUUUUAUUUCAUCGUAAUUGUAAAGUUUAGAAGAGCAUUUACAAGAUGUUAAUGCAUUACAAAUGAUUUUUGAUUAAUGCUCUCAAAUGAAAUUUUUGGUAGAACAUUUGGAUAGAAAAUAUAUAAAAAUUAAAAGUAAUUAUAUAUAAUUUAUUAAUUUUAUUUAAUAAUAUUAAAAAUUAUGUUUAUAUCCAAAAUUAAUUUUCUAUAUUUAAAAACUAAAACUAAAAAUAUAUUAUUUUUUAAAAAAUAUUAAUAUUUAACAUUUAAAAUAUAAUUUAAUUUAUAUAGUUAUAUAUGAUUCAUUAUUUUUAAUAACAUAACAUAGAAUAAUAUAUAUUUAUAUAUUAUAAAUAUAAAAAUAUCUCUAUUAUUUAGAAAUAAAUAAAUUAUAUAUUACAUAUUUGUUUUUAUAAUAGUUUUAUAUAUGAAGUAAAUCACCGUAUUAAAAAUAUUAAUGCAGAUUCUGCAGUAUACUAAUUCUAUAGCUUACUCCUACUAUUUUAUCAUCAUAUCUACCAAUCAAUAAUUACAAGCAGCGAGCGCUUGGGGUUUGUGUUCAAUGUUGACCUCCUGAAUAAAUAGCAGCGUGUCUAAUGUUUUUACAUCAUCGCUCUCAUUAUUUCUAGAGAACAUCAUCUUUUAAUAUAUCAGAAUAUAUUGCUAUCGCGAGAACAAAUCUGAGCUUUCUUUUGGUGAUUAGCAUAAGAGAACAAAGUUGAAGUUUUGUUUUUCAAAUGUUUUCUCUAAUGAUGUACACUCAGAUUUUGGUGUUGUUUUCAUUUAUUAAUAAAGCUUUAAAUGCAUUGUUCCUCUAAAUUGAGUAAAAACACUGCUUUGAUUCAGAAUUAUUUUGAUUGUGAAUUUGCUUAUAGUGGCCUUGUUUCAGUGUUGUAGGUGAAGAAAGCUUAACACAGAGAUCAGGAACUCUUCAGUUUUGUAGGGUAAAUGGUAGAGAUAGAUUCUUGUUGAGAUUGAACCUUGAUUAAAUACUCCAAGAAAAGAAGAAUAAAGAAGAGUAGCUUAGAAGAAGCUACAAAGGAAUGGAAGAGGAAGAAGAAGAAGAAGAAGAAUAAGAAGGAGAAGCUUGGAGCGCAAGCAACAGAGGAAGAAGAAGAAGUAAGACCAACGACAACAACAAGAAGUCAAGGAAGAGAUUUGGUUGUAACUAGAAGUUACAACAAGGAGAAUAAAGAGUAACGUCUAGUUAAUUUAGUUAAGCCAACAAAUGUGUGAAGUGUUGGUUAAUGUCUAGCUAGUCUAGAGUUGUUGUUUGACUUGGUAAGAGUUGUUUGUAGAGUUAAGGCUAAGUUGAAGUGCAAGUGUAGUAGUUAGUAAAAGACUACUAUAAGUAUGUAUGUGUGUGGUGUUGUAAAAGGUAUCCAAUUCUAAUAGAAAGAAGUUGGAGAAAAGAAAAGAUGUAGACAAUCAAAGUGUUCUCUCUUCUCUCUACAAACACAUGUAAGAGAGUAAAGAGAGUGUGUGCUUGUGUUAUGAUAAAACACAAGUAAAGAAACAAAGAGAGUAAGUGAACAAAUCAGAGUACAAAACAGAGAGAGCUGGGCAUGAGAAGAGUGAAGAGGCCAAGCCAAGAAAGAGACAAAAUCACAACAUGGUAUCAGAGCUCAGUUGAUCCGUAGAGCCUGUUCAAGAAGAAGAUGAUGGCAGUCCAAAGGAGACUAAGAAGAAGAAAAGGAUAGGGACAGCCACCAAAAGAAAAAAGAAAAAGAAAGCUGAGACUAAAUCAGAGAAUAAGAGAAGGAAGGAAGAGGUGGUGACAAGAGAGAGAAUCAAGAGAGAGAAUCAUCAACCUUUACAAUCACAUUCACAAACAUACCAACAAGAGGGCUUCAAGUGCAUUCAAGGAGAUAGUGAAAUCUUCUGAAAAAUAGCAGUGAAGACAAUGGUAUGGAGAUAGUAUUGUGGGAGGAUAAUUCUGGAUCUUUGUUCUACAAUGUAAAGGAAGCUGAGAGAGUUGUUGGGCGUUCCCCUCCAUAAGAGAAAGAAGAAGGCCAUAUGAGAAGAACCUAAGGCAAAUGAGAAAGAAGAAAGUCGUCUCCAAGAGGGAGACAUGAACAAAGAAGAAAGAAGACCAUGGUGGGGAUCAAAGAUGAUCAAGGAAGCUAUGGGAGUUGUUGGAUGUUCUUAGCCAUUGGAGAUAUGGAUGAGAUCAACAGCAACUGAACAAAGAAGGCAAUGAAGUCGGAAUACAUGAUUGAAGCUGAAGAUCCAGAGAUGUUCAAAGCUGAAGAUGAAAGAACCUUGCUUAGAAAUCAAGGUGAAAGUUCAAUGAAUCAAAGAGUCCAAGGCCAAUGAAGCUGAGGUGAUGGUUUGGAGAAAACCAAACAUACUAAAGGCAAAGAAGACUGAGGUGAAGGUUAAGAGAAACCAACAAGACCAAAGUUGAACAAGGCCUAGGUGAUGGUUCAAAGAAUCAGGUAGCACAUGUAGAUGAUCAAUGAAGACAUUGAAACCAAAGAAAGAGUGGAAGCCGGAUGAAGCAAUGAUUGAAGCCAAGAAACAAAACCUAGAAGAAUGAGACUUGCUUACCUAAGUGAGAAAGGGAGCAAGGUGGUUGGAGAGUCAACCAAAGAAGACGUGACAGAAGCUCACGGAGGAGACGUGACAAAGGCUCACGGGAACAGAGAAAGAUGGCGAAGAAAACCAGUCAUGAGAUGACAAAGAAAAUUCGCAAGACAAGGAGAUGGUCUUGGAGAUUCUUGUCAAGAGGGAGAUAAGAAUCACAAAUGAAGAACAAGGAAGAUGGGAUCAAGUCCCUAAGAGCAUCUCCAAAAGACAAUCUAUAACUUCAAAACUUUGAAGUUUUGAAGAGUGAAACUCUGUAUUUGAAGUUUUAUUAUUCAAAACUUCAAAUUUGAAGUUUCAUAUUUUUAUUUGCAUUUUGGUUCCUACAAUCACACAUCAUCUUUAUGAUUCAUAAAUAUUUUUUUGUUUAUUGUUUUAAUCCUUAAAAAAAUUAUAUCUCAUAUAUAUUUUAAUUUUUGUUUACAUAUUUUAAAUUUUAAACAUAAAAUUAAAUAUAACUUUAAAAUAUUUUAAAUUAGAUUUAGAUAACAAUAAUAUACAAAAGAAACUUAAAAAAAUAUUUUUUGAAAAUUACACGAAGACAUAACUAUUACACAAAUUUAAAUAUUACAAUAACACUAAUAAUCAGGUCAAUUUGAUCCGGAACCUUCAAAAUUUUCAAAUAUUGUCCAAUUUUUUUUGUUAUACUGAAGAUGGUUGUUGUUGUUGUUUUUGAUGUCUUUUUCGUACAAUUAUUAUUGUUCAUAUCGAAUAUAUUCACGAGUAUUAAUAUCAUCAAAAAGAAAUUAGUAUUUUAGCAAUAUUUUAUGUUUCUCUUUUACUUUCUUAUUCCGAUUUUAUGUAUUCACAAGUAUCAAUAUCACCCGAUUUUAACAACUUUUAGCUUGCAAUCUACAAAGUAAAAAUGAGGAGAGCCAUUUUUACUUCGAAAUGCACUAAUAGAUCAUAUAUGCAUUAUGAAAAAUUAUUUUAUGGAAUAAUAUGGUAUAUUGUUUGAAGUUUAAUAUUAAUUAAGUUAUUUUUAUUUAAAUUUUUAUAGAAUAUUUUAUUUAUUAAAACUAAUGUAAUAUGUUUAUAUAUGUGCUAGUUAUUUAUAAAAAAUUUUAUGAAUUCAAAUUUGUUAUAAAAAAAUAUAAGGUCCAUUUUAUAAAAUACAAAUAGUUUUGAAGUUGAAUUUGAAGUUUUGCUUUUGGAGAAAAACAGCUUAAGACUUCAAAUAUAGAGUUUUGGAAACUCCAAAAUAGAGUUGCUCUAAAUGGAGUUGGAGAUUUGAUCAAAGGAUUCAAGAGGGAGUGUUGAGAUUGAACCUUGAUUAAAUACUCCAAGAAAAGAAGAAUAAAGAAGAGUAGCUUAGAAGAAGAAGAAGAAGAAGAAGAAGAAGAAGAAGAAGAAGAAGAAGAAGAAGAAGAAGAAGAAGAAGAAGAAGAAGAAGAAGAAGAAGAAGAAGAAGAAGAAGAAGAAGAAGAAGAAGAAGAAGAAGAAGAAGAAGAAGAAGAAGAAGAAGAAGAAGAAGAAGAAGCUUGGAGCGCAAGAAACAGAGGAAGAAGAAGAAGAAGAAGAAGAAGAAGUAAGACCAACGACAACAACAAGAAGUCAAGGAAGAGAUUUGGUUGUAACUACUUCCACUGCAAACGAUUGACUGUGAAAUGACUUUUUGGUGGGUGGUUCUGUUAGAUUAUGUACAGAGAUAUAAACCAUGCAUGCAUUAUAAAACCGUAAUCGGUACACAUGAUAGAUUACAUAUCUCCAAUGUCACUUACGACAAGGUUACUUCCACUUAUACACAUGAAAAUGGCAAACCAUUUUACAUGUUUAUAUUUUGAUUAUUUGUUGAUACUCAAAAAACAUCCCUCCUCAAAAUAUGCAUUGUAUCACAUUGUAUAUAUUUCAUGUCCAAUAUGAGAACCUAAAGAAGAAGACCAAACCAAUUAUAUGAAUAUAUACCAAAUAAGUUAAAUGUAACAUGUAAUACAUUUAAAAUCGGCCACUUGAAAAAAUAUUGUAAAAACAGAACAAUAUAUGUCUACAAUAUCACAUAUGUUAACAUGCCAUAUUAUCUUUCUUUUUUAACUCUGGAUUGUAUUAUAAAUAUGGUAAAUAUUAAAAUUAUAAAAUUUAACAUAUUGUUGUGUUUGAAAACUAUAAAAUUGUUGUGUUUGAAAAUAUUAUAUUAAAAUUUUUUAACGCUAGGGAAAUGCAAACUAUAAAAUUGUUGUGUUUGAAAAUAUCAUAUUAAUCUUUUAGUAAUAUGGUAAUUAUUAAAAUAUAUACCACUAAUCAUAUAAAUAAAAUAUUUAAAUGUAUAAAAAUGAAAAUAACCACCCGCACGGUUGUGCGGGUCAAGAUCUAGUAUUCAUCUAAAUUUGAAAUAUAAAUAACAAAAGUAAAUUUAUAAGGUAUGAGAUAAAAACCACAUCUAUUUUACUCUUCUUAAGAAACAAAGAUAUUAAAAUAUCAUAUUGUUUUAAAAUCAAUAUCAUAUUAGUCUAAAAAUAUUUUAUUAUUUGUUAUUGUUCCUUAGGCCCUAGUAAUAUUUUUUUUUCAUCAUAUCGAAUUUAAUUGGAUCUGUAUACGCCAAAACCUCAUCGAUAAUUUUAUUCAAUUUAUUCUAUUUAAUAAUAAACAAAAGAUAAAAAUAAAAUGAAAACGAAAUCAUCAUAAAAUAUCAUAAAUUCACAAUUGUUUAGUUUAGGAAAAAAAUUAAAAUGAUAAAUGUUUCCAGUGAAAUAAAUAUAUUAUUUUUUGUCAUAUAUUGUAACUUGUAAAUAAUUUUUCAGAUAAAUGCACAAAUAAGAUUUUUUUAUUUUCCACGGAAUGUGAAAUAUUGGUCUACUAUUAUUUAAAUAUACUUAAAAUCUAACACUGUUUCGUUUAGUUCAUGAUUAUCAAAUAAUACUUGACUAAAUAUCAAUUAUUUCAUUUUUAUUACGAUUUUGUUAAACUAGUUAGUAUAAUGCUCAAUAUCUAAUCUAACAAUAUUAAAAGGGGAAUAUGAAGCCCUUUCAGCUAUGCCACGAUUGGAAAAUCAGCCUAUCAUGUUUUUGCCACGUCAUCAUCGAACUGGUCUUAGAUUUUGGGGUUUAACAAAAAAGAGAGGAGGGGUCCAAUUCAAGCCAUGUCACGUGUAGGAAGCAUAAACUUUUGGUCUUCUCUGACUGAUCAAGAUCUCUCCACUUCGCUGUUACUGUAACUCACUUUCAAGAAUAUAUUAUGCUCUUUAAACCUUCUUUAAUGGUUUCGUUCCACUUCCUCCCCUCUUUCUCAUUCUAUAUAUAGAGAUUCAUCUCAUAAUAAAUCCUUCUCUAAUAGAAAACCUCCACUGAAGAAGCUACAGCUACGGCCAUUAAAUCCACCGGGAAUUCACAAGUUGUGAACUCCUGGUACAGAAGGUUCUUACUGAUGGAAAAUCCGGCACCGUCCCGUCACAAGAAAACACUGAGAUGUUUUGAGAGGCUGUGAGUAAAUUCAAUAAUUCUUUUACUAAAGUUUGAAUCUUGGAGCAUGAAUCUUUGAAUUGUGUCUAAAUCUAGAUGUUUUGUUCGUUUCUGUAUCAAACGAAAUCAAGGCUGAAGAUGUUGAUGUGAGCCCUAACAUGACGUUGCGUAUGCAUCUAUGUUCCCUUCUCUUCAGUUUAGCCUAUUCUAUUUUCGUUUUUAUUGUAUAAAAAUCAUCCCCAACUUGCAGUUUUUUCCCCCACUGAUGACACUCUUUUCUUUACAUACUAUGCGUUAGAGUGUGUGAGCUAAGCUUGCUUGAUGAAUUGUUUGGCAAUUGGUUACCUUUUGAUUAAUAGAGAUCUUACUUUUAGAUACUAUUUGCAGGCUUAUGUCAGCCCACAACAACCAUAAGAUUAUUCCCUUGUGAAGCUUCCAUGGCGGCGGCUCAAAGAUUUAAUCUGUUUCCUCUGCAAGCUUUUCUAUCUCAUCUUCCUGUCUCCCCAAGUAAGCUGACCCCAAAAUGGCAUAGACUACUACUACACAUGAUCUGUUACAAAACAUGAUGUAUAGCAAAGCUAAGAAUUUUUUUCCUCUUUGAAAAAUUUACGGUGAUAUUUUGAAAAACAGAUUUGUGAGGGAAUGAAAACAUAUGUGUGGUUCAUACGCCUGCCAUUCAUAGCUUCAAGACAGAAGAAGUACUGAAAAAUGAAGUUAAGAUGAGAGACCUUUUUAUAACCUUUGCCUUCGCUUUCUUCAAGAGUGAGACUCUUUGUAUCAUGCAAAAUGAAGUAUAUGCAGAGAAACAGAACGCAUAUCACCCAAAUCCACAGAUCAAUACUCAAGCUCCUGCAGAAAAAAUACCAUGUGAGCUAAAACCUCCAAAACUUGAUUAUUCGUAUUUAUAGUGAUCUGUAGCUCAUAAACAAUAUUUAAUACUGAUUUGGUCAGCCGAGAACUAAAUGGGGAACAUCUAGAGGAAGCGUCUCGAUAGAUCUGGUCCAAGCCAUGUUCAAGUCUAUGAAAGCUCAAGACGAUGAAGCUCAUGUAAGAUUAUGUUUUGAUUUUAUCAUCUUCUGAACCUCUCAGUUUAGAAAACACACACACGCAGACUAAAUGAUACUUGAAUAAACAGAGAGUAUUUGUUUAUGGUGUGAUGCAGUUGGAGUAUGAGUUUGCAAGAUAUUUGGUCAGAAGAUGUGAAUCUAAGAGAAUUUGGUGUCGAGAUUAUAUUAACGGAAAGGGUACUCACCAUAUCCGAAACUGGCUUUGGAUCAAAUAUUAUAAUGAUAUAAUCAAAUAAUUGAAGCUAGACAACUGGUUUUUAUCUUUUUGUUGAAACAGCUUCUCACGACCUAAGAUCAAGGUAUUGUUUUACUAUAUCCAUGUUGCAUUUUGGAGAUCUUUUUGGAUCAUUCACUAUGGUUUUGACUGUGUUUAAUGAUUCAAUGUAUUGUUUUUUUAAUCAAAAAGAACUAGCUCAAAUAUUUGAGAGAGUAAAGUCUGUGGAUCUGCAUCCUACAGAACCAUGGUAAUUUCAAGCAUUUGAUUAUUCUUUCAUGCAGCUUAGUUGUAGUGAUUGAAAGACAACUUUAGACCACUUGGUAUCCUUAAUUUUGUGGAGUAGAAGCAUGUAUGUUGCUCUUAUAGUUUUUACUUUUAUUUCCUACCAGCAUGACUGGGAACUGAUAUCACAUUAUCUGCAGGUUUCUAACAAGUUUAUGUUUUGGAACUUUGUGUAUUUGGAACUACCGGGACACAUAUGGAUGAAUAAUUUUUUUUUCUUU